AGCAGCAGCUCUGCGCGGAGAGCAGCAGGCCUGUGAGGAGCCACAGGAAGCUUGUCAGCCACAGACUGCUCAUUCUUAAUUAUCUCCAUGGCUGCUGAUGAGAGCCGACUCGAGCCGGACCUGCUCAAGAUGCGCCAAAAAUCUGCAAAAGACGGACGUGCGAGGGUCGAGCGCGGCCAGAUCUGAAAUUGAGAGACCGAAGCUGAAACGGGGUCGCUCAUCGAUGGUUGUUAGUUAGAAGACGUGUGCUGUCUGUCUGCUCUUUACGUAAUCUUUCUUUUUGCGUAAUUUUGCGCCGGGUGUUGGAUGUGCUCGUGGAGCGGGAUUAUUUUGGCGAGGAGAUCUCCAGAGCUCUCCCUCCUCCCCGCAUCCGCUUGUUGUCCUCGGCCAGCAGACACACACUGAGAGUCUCAGUUAAUAUUAUUUUUGUGUGUGUCUGUGUUUGCAGCAACAUUGUAAACAAACGAGGAGCUGUUUUAAUGAAAUCCAGCCUCUCUGCAUCCCGGGUGAAGAAUUGGUGCAAUGCAACGUUUGCACGGCUCUUCCACAACAAAACGGCAAGGACGCCCGAGAAUAUAGGGAAUAACCCUUCGAUCAGCAAUGUGCCUGGGAAUCCUCCAGCUGCUCUUCCAUGCUUUUUUCUGAGAAUGGGAUCGUAGUAAAUCUCUCUGGGAUUUAGAAACAACUGCUAGCAUGUUGCAGCCUUCAGCCAGAGCAGGUGACAGCCUGUUGGAAACAUUACCUCACUGGAGUAAGAGUCAGCGAUGGGCCCUGGUGCUCACCCUCUGCAUGGCUCUGCUCUGGCUUCCGGAGGCAUCGGGAUCUGCGCUAAACUGCCACAAGACGUGCAUCUGCGCCUCAAACAUAGUGAGCUGCUCCAAGAUGAAUCUGACCACCAUCCCGACCGGUCUGCCGCUCUACACUGCUGUACUGGACCUCAGCUACAAUGAGAUAACACGGCUGCGAGCCGAGUGGACCCCAGUGAAGCUCCCGAAUCUUCACAACCUCCUGCUCAGCCACAACGAUCUCUCUUUCCUCUCUACAGAGGCGUUCAUUUAUGUGAAGCAGCUGCGCUAUCUGGACCUGUCCUCCAACAACCUGCAGCAACUGGAUGAGUUCAUCUUUGAGCCUUUGGUCAACCUGGAGGUCCUCCUGCUGUACAAUAACCAGAUUUCACAGAUUGACCGCGCGGCUUUUAUCAGCAUGAACAACCUGCAGAAGUUGUACCUUAGCCAGAACCAAAUCUCCCGCUUCCCCGUGGAGCUGGUCAGGGAAAAGUCCCGACUCGAGAAACUCAGCCUCCUGGACGUGUCCUCCAACAAGAUCAAGAUGUUGCCCAUCGAUGAGCUCCAGGUACUCCCUGCCUGGAUUAAAAAUGGCCUCUACUUCCACAAUAACCCUCUGCUAUGUCACUGUGAUCUCUACACACUCCUCGCUCACUGGUACAUUCGAAAACUCAACUCUGCUGUGGACUUUAAAGACGACUACACGUGUGUGCUGCCAGGUCCGCAAAAACAACAAGCAGGCAUUUUUGAUCUCAGCGGUGAGAACAUGAACUGCAGCACAUUCAAGGAGGAAGAUGAGGAGGCUUUUCUGGAGCAAACGUUGACCCUCAGAUGUGACACCAAACACAGGGACAUGUCAAAGACGUGGACAAUGCCUGGCAAUGUGCCGGUGAUUUCUGGAAGCAACCAGACAGCCAAAGUCCUGCUGGACGGGAGCCUUCAGAUCAGUCCAGUCAGAUCUGAGGACUCUGGGACGUACACUUGCUUUGCCAUGAGUGAGGCCUUCAAUGAGACUAUCUAUGUGGUGCUCAAGGUUCACAACUUCACCAUGCACGGGACCGGGGAGGCCCUGAACACAGGAUACACCACCUUGGUGGGCUGCCUGGCCAGCGUGGUGCUGGUGCUUAUGUACCUUUACUUGACGCCAUGCCGCUGUUUCUGCUGCCCCAACAAGGGUAAGAAUCGGGGGGAGGACAGCAUCCACUCCUCAAUGCUCAGCGUGACACCGACUCACGAGGACCCAGCGCUCAAGGCCGAGCUGAACAGGCACGUGGCGUUCAUAGACUCCAAGGACUUGCAGGGCCAGAACGGCAAGCUGAACCCCAACGGGGAUGAGGAAGACGACGACCUGGACGCAGAGGCUGGUUCUCUUAUGAAGGGGAAGAGGAAGAAGUCAGUAGCAGAGUCCAUUAGCUCCGUCUUCUCGGACACUCCCAUGGUGGUCUGAGAUGAGACUGGCACAGACAGCGGACGCCACAUGACUGGAUGUAUAUGGUACAACGCGAGCCACGUUUUAGUUAAUGUAAACUGUGAAUGCGGGAGAACACUAUGAAGGAUGUUCAUCUGCAGUUGCUGGCAAGUGAAAAGAAGGAUCUCAAAGGGAAUUUAAAAAAAAAAAAAAACUGUCUUGUUGUCAGAGAGGACAAUAGACAGGACUUUUCCAGCAUUUUAAUCAGUAGCACUUAAUAUUCAUACUGUGAAGGAAUGGCAGUGUACAUGGACAGUGGAAACUAGAAGUCUUAUGAGAGUAAAACGUAGGCGAUAUGUUGUUGAUAUCAGCACUCAGGAAGUGAUACAUUAAAUUGCAAAGUGUGGGGAAAAUGCAUACGAUAAAAUGCACAGGUUGUAAUUAGAUUUGAGAAAACAUAAUAGUUCACUCAUAAUAUGUAUUGAAAUCAUGGCUGGCUCAUAAUUAUAUUUAUUAUGAAGGAUUAGAAUAGAUUGCAUCUUACGUAAACAUUAGAGCAUAGGUACAUUUACCCCUCCUAUCUCGACAGAGACUUAGAUUGACGUCACCAGACUGUGUGGCAUUAACCUUGAGUCAUUUAUAGUGAAACAGCAUGCCAUCAAACCACAUUAUUAGAGACCCUAGACUGAUCUAUGUGAGUGGGUAGAGAAUAGAACGGAUUCAGACGUUUAGUCAUUUAUAUCGAGACUGCAGUAGCACAAACAUAUUCAGAGGCCAACUAACGGUCAUUUUCAUCUUACUUCAUAGCUGAAGCUUAGUUACAAAGUUAAUCAGACCGAUUUGUAGUCAUAGUCAUGUACGGUGAUAUAGGAGACAGCUGUUUUAUUCAUUAUCAUAUUAAGGGAUCAAUUUACAUAGAGCGAUAGUACAAAAUUGCUUGUGGCAGACUAUUGUUCCUAAAUUAACUAAAUAGUUGCCUCUCAGUUCCUGCACAUCUACAGUAGCCUAUAGCCCAAAAGAAACCUUUUGCAGCCUUACGCAAUUAAAAACCUUGGAACGCCUCCAACAUACACACAUUAGGUGCAGGGAAAUAUUUUGUUCUGACUAAUUAUCAACAUAUUGUCUGAAUUCUGUAUACACACAGGUGCCACAGUCCUUAAAAGGACCAAUGGGCUUCUGUUUGUCGUCCGCUGAGGUGACAUUUACUGUCAAGUUUAAAUCCUCCUCUGGGCCAAGUUAUAGCAUCAGGAGAGUAAACAUUAAGCCAGUGGUCACAGCUGGAAACUUUUGGUCUGUAUGAAAAAUACAAAACCUUGGGAUAUUUUUAAUGUACAAAAAAACAAACUUGAAUUCAUAAAUUUAGUCAUAGAUUUAAGUAUUUGAUCUUACAUUUUGCUCAGAUUAACAGUUCCUGUUCUCAGUGUCACACUUCAAAUGUAGCUGUUUUGCCCUGUGGUAGUUAGAAAAUGAUUUAGUUCGUAUUAGCAGGUGAACAUUAGAGUCGGAUUUCCUCAAAAUUAGGCUUAUGAAUAACACUAAUGAGGCUGUACAUUAUUUGACAGGAAAGCAGGAAAGGGUUAAGUAACACAGGGGACGUGAUGUCUUUGAAAAGAUCCCUUUGUUUCAGCAUUUAUUAUUGAAUCUACUGUAAAAUUAAUUUAACAUUCAAGACCCGAUACGCCGCACACAUUUCAUUAACGGUAUUAAAACAGGAGAAUGUGUCCCUGUAUAAACAAGAAAGAGCAAUUUCAGAAAACCGUGUUCAUGCCGUAAUACAACAAGGCUAGUCUGGCAUAAAUGCUAAUUGCAUCUUUUGAUGGGACGUAGCUUCCCUCUGCUUUCCAUGUCUUUGUCUCACCGAGGUGGAGGGGAUCAGUGUGUUAUCAUGAGUCACAGCAACACAAAGCCUUUCUCUCUGGCUCCCUCUACACUGACAGCCUCAAUUCAGCCCAGAUGUGUUUGCUUUGUUUGUGUACCUCUGCCAUUAUGAGCCUGCCCUUGCUUAAAUUCAAAGGCAAUCAUUCAAUCGGGCCAUGAAUGUGAUGCCCUUUAAGUAGUCCGCAGUUUAUUUAUGAGGGAAACGCCUGAGGCUUUCAACCAACAUUUGCACUCCAGCUGAGUCAUAUGGUCGGAAAGUACUGCUCAAUGCAAGAAUCUGUGAGUUCAAAAAGUACCACAAUAAUAAUUGAUAGUUAUGUAAGUUACGUUCGCUAGCUCUCAAAUGUUAAGACGCACACAUAUCUGGGUGCAAUAAGUUUUUUUUUUUUUUACGCAAAAUUAGUGGAAUAUUCACAGUUGCUGUGCGCACCGCAGCAUCUUCUGUGUGGGUGAGAAAAGGAAGUCACACUUAUCAGAGAGGUGGUGUGUGAAUCAUUCCUCUUUCUCACACAUUGGAAUACCAGGUGCAGACAUACAGAGCAGCAAAAAAUACCACGACGCACUCACAUAAAGCCGCAUUUAGCACGACUGCAGACUGGUCGCAGGUGGCCAUGAAUCUGUCACAUUUGAAGGGAUCCCGGUUUUUAAGUUUUACCCUCUGGAACCUGAAAUACAUGUGCUGUUCCCUGCUAAAACCGACCAACCGGGUCGGCUCGAGAAGCUAAAAUCUACAAAUCAGACACAGGUAUUACGGCGAUUGAGUAGCACACUAAAUAACCAGGCCAUUGUGGAAGCAGCGUAUGUUUCCCCUGCAGUAACCCAGUGUCAAUCUAGUUAAAUCUGCUGAGGCUAAUGGGUGGUUUACUCCUCUGUGUUGUCACUCAAAAUACAAGUUGCAAUUCUGUAUAGAGAAAAACUAAGUGCGAUUGCAAAGGUCCCAACAUACAGGAGAAGAGUGGCUGCGUUCUCUCCAAAGCAAAUCUGCCUUCCUAUAUAUAUCUAUAUAUACAGUAUAUAAAUGUAUUGAGACUCACUUUCUGUGUUCAGUAUUGAUUAGUUGUGUAUUACUAUGUUCUACCAGUGUAAUGACUGUAUUCUUGUAUAAUCCGAUGUUGUUCAUUUUGCAUUUCGUCCGCCGCCGUGCUACUGUUAGUUGUCUCUACAUUCAAGUCUUGAUAUAAAUGUUUAUUUUUUAAGCAGGGUGGGGUUUAGUUUUUUAUUGAAAGAGGAUGUAUUUUACACUUGACAGGUGAAGAAUAUGGCAAAACGGAGAAUAUAUGUGAUCCUGUAUUCAAAACUGCAUGGGGAGAGUGCCAGUUUGGAACUGAAUAUGAUACAUCCUAAUGGGCAGUGAGUAUGUAGCCGCCAGUAAUAUUCAGUCAGUGUUUGACUUUGCUCAUAAAGCCAUAAUCAGUUACAAACACAGUGCUUUAUUGGAUCGGUGUUAUGUGUGACGACCAAGGGGGCUGUAGGGGAGUUUGUUCUCCAACACACAAUUAAAGCCACAACUUUUCUGUCUGUAAAAAAAAAAAAUACAAUAUUUUUCUUUUUAACAAGAAAAAAGAAAAACCAGGGAUGCACUGUAGGAAAAAUCAAGAGAUCUCUCCAUCUACCAAUGAAUCCCUAAAAACCACAAGCAGCUUGGAAUGACUCUACAGACGGUGUGUAAUUCAAUCUUCUCAGGACUAUGUCAGUUCAAAUGUAAUAUGAUGUGAAACCUCAUGAUUGCAUUUUAAACGUUUUCUUAUUUGCAAUAUCGAAAAGGCACAAUGUUUUGAGAUCUCUGCAGUUUACAGGCCCUUAGCUAUUUACUGUAAUGGUACAUUAACUCAGUUCUCGCAGAUUAGGGAGGAGAGCGCUCUCUCACUGCCCGGCACCCAUCUCCAUUCAUCUGACUAUGAAGUAGCAAUUACGGGAACAUCCAUGAGGUGGUGAGGCUAAAAGCUUGCUACUUUAACCGAGUGCUACAACAAGUGUCCACGGGACACGAAGAGAGCUUUUAAAAGCAUUAAAAGCACUAAGUUUAUUGACCACUGCUUCAAAGAUGAGAUUGUUGGUCACUGCCAGAAAAACUGAAAGGUCUCACAGCGAAAGUGGAAUGGCUUUGCAUGGUAUGCUUAAGAGCUUCUCUGACUGCAGAAUAGGUGCAAACCAGUAGGCAUUAAAGAAAAAGAAUACUGAUAUAUCAUUUGACUUAAUAAAAGAUUGAGAUUUA